UAUGCCAAUAAAGUUGUUUUGAAGCAAGAUGGCGGUGUGGACGCCGCUGUCGAUAAAGAUGUCACCGUCAGCCUCUCUGGGCUGCACUUGGCUCCGGAGAGAGCGACCAUUUCCCAAAAAGCUGCUGACAACUUGGACGGGCUUUUGUGGACGAGGCUACGCCGUGGAAGCCCCACGUGAGGCGGAGACGGGCGGUGUGACUGCCGCCGGCUUCAGCGGGCCCCUGGACCACUACAGCGGGCUGAUCCGGGAGGGCACCCUGCGGGAGGACGAGCACCAGAGGGCGGUGAUGCUCAGACUGGACCAGCUGCACAAAACCCUGCGGGGAUACAGCAACACGCCCACGUCCAUCUUCCAAAAAUUUUUCACCAAGCCCAAACCUCCAAAGGGUUAUUAUAUUUACGGCGACGUGGGCACGGGGAAAACCAUGGUGAUGGACAUGUUUUAUUCGCACGUGGAGACGGACAAGAAGAAGAGGGUGCACUUCCACGGCUUCAUGCUGGAUGUGCAUAAACGAAUCCAUCGACUGAAGCAGAGUUUGCCCAAAAGGAAAGUGGGCAAAAUGGCUAAGUCUUACGACCCCAUCGCGCCGGUCGCCGAGGAGAUCAGCGAGGAAGCUGCCCUGCUCUGCUUUGACGAGUUCCAGGUCACCGACAUCGCUGACGCCAUGAUCCUCAAGCAGCUCUUUGAGAACCUCUUCCUCAACGGCGUGGUCGUCGUGGCGACGUCCAACAGGCCCCCCGGAGACUUGUAUAAAAAUGGGCUGCAGAGGGUCAACUUUGUGCCUUUUAUUGCCGUAUUGCAGAAAUAUUGCCAAACUCUUCGUCUGGAUUCGGGCAUCGACUACCGCAGGAGGAACACACCCUUGGCGGGGAAACUUUACUUCCUAUCCAGCGAGGUUGACGCAGAAGCCACGCUGGAUGAAAUGUUUGAGCGGCUGGCCUUCAAGCAGAACGACGUGACGCGACCCAGAGUCCUCGACGUCCACAACAGGAAAGUGCGUCUGAGCAAAGCAUGCGGCACCAUCGCAGACUGCACCUUUGAGGAGCUCUGCGACAGACCUCUAGGGGCCAGCGACUACCUGGAGAUGUCGCGUGUGUUCGACACCGUCUUCAUCCGCCACGUUCCUCUCCUGACGCUCAACAAGAAGACUCAAGCCAGGCGACUCAUCACGCUGGUGGACGCUUUCUACGACCACAAGGUGCGUGUGGUCCUGCUGGCCCAGCACCCGCUGGAGGAGCUCUUUGUCCACGACAGGGACCACCACCACCACGACGAGAGCCACAUCCUCAUGGACGACCUGGGACUGAAACGAGAAGAAGCCAGCAGCUUGUCCAUCUUCAGCGGAGAAGAGGAGAUGUUUGCCUUCCAGAGAACUGUAUCCAGACUGACGGAGAUGCAGACGGAGGAGUACUGGCUGCAGGGCGACCGCAGCGGCAGGUCCUAACGUCGUACGCUACUCACUCCCGCUACGUAACAAUACCGGAUGUUGUACACAAAAGUAUUUAUUGCAAUUUAUCAUGACGGACCUUGCACUUUACAUGGACGAUCGGACCUUUUUGGCACUGAGGUCCAACUCCCGUUUGAUUCUAGGGGACAUUUUACAUGCAAAUAACCAGCAUAUAUAUAUAAAUAGUAUAAAUAUACAAAAGUGGUGAAGUUGUCACGUUGUGUAAAUGGUAAAUAAAAAGAGAAUACAACAAAUCCUUUUCAACUUAUAUUCAAUUGAAUAGACUGCAAAGACAAGAUAUUUAACGUUCCAUUAUUUAUGCAAAUAAUCCAUUUAGAAUUUAAUGGCUGCAAAAAAGGCAUUUUGACCACUGUGUUACAUGGCCUUUCCUUUUAACAACACUCAGUAAACUGGGGAAGUGAGGAGACACAUUUUGGAAGUGGAAUUCUUUCCCAUUCUUGCUUGAUGUACAGCUUAAGUAGUUCAACAGGCUGUUGUAACACGUGGCUCGGCAUUGUCUCGCUGAAAUAAGCAGGGGCGACCACGAUGACGUUGCUUGGAUGGCAACAUAUGUUGCGCCAAAAGCUGUAUGUACCUUUCAGCAUUAAUGGUGCCUUCACAGAUGUGUAAGUUACCCAUGUCUUGGGCACUAAUACACCCCCAUACCAUCACACAUGCUGCCUUUUACACUUUCACCCUAGAACAGUCCUCUUUGGUCCAGAGGACACGACAUCCACAGUUUCCAAAAACAAUUUGAAACGUGGACUCGUCAGACCACAGAACACUUUUCCACUUUGCAUCAGUCCAUUUCAGAUGAGCUCGGGCCCCGGGUGUUGUUGAUAAAUGGCUGUGGUUUUGCAUAGUAGAGUUUUAACUUGCACUUACAGAUGUAGCGACCGACUGUAGUUACCGACAGCGGUUUUCUGGAGUGUUCCCGAGCCCAUGUGGUGAUAUCCUUUACACACUGAUGCGGCUUUUUGAUGCAGUACCGCCCGAGGGAUCGAAUGUCCGUAAUAUCAUGGCUUCCGUGCAGUGAUUUCUCCAGAUUCUCUGAACCUUUUGAUGAUAUUACGGAGCGUAGAUGGUUGACAUCCCUAAAUUCCUUGUUGAGAAAUGUUGUUCUUCAACAAUUUGCUCGGGCAUUUGUUGACAAAGUGGUGACCCUCGCCCCCGUCCUUGUUUGUGAACGACCGAGCAUUUCACGGAAGCUGCUUUUAUACCCAAUCAUGGCACCCACCUGUUCCCAAUUAGCCCGUUCACCUGUGGGAUGUUCCAAAAUAAGUCUUUUGAUGAGCAUUCCUCAACUUUCUCACUCUUUUUUGCCACUUGUGCCAGCUUUUUUCAAACACGUCACAGGCAUCCAAUUCCAAAUGAGCUAAUAUUUGCAAAAAAUAACAAAGUUUUCAAAUUUGAACGUUAAAUAUCUUGUCUUAUAAUAAUCAUUGUGUUCUCGCUUUAACCAGCUCGGCGGUCUAGUGGUUAGAGUGUCCGCCCUGAGAUGGGUAGGUCGUGAGUUCAAAUCCCCCAAAGACUAUAAAAAUGGGAGCCAUUACCUCCCUGCUUGGCACUCAGCAUCAAGGGGUUGGAAUUGGGGGUUAAAACACCAAAAAAGAUUCCCGGGCGUGGCCACUGCUGCUGCUCACUACUCCCCUCACCUCCCAGGGGUCAAAUGCAGAGGUUAAUUCCACCACACCUAGUGUGUGUGUGUGUGUGUGACAAUCAUUGCUACUUUAACUUUUUAUUGAGCAUUUACACAACGGUUUUGGGUUUUGUACAUUUUUUUUUUUUAACACUUUUUUCACUUCUGUUGAUUAAUGGAACAAAAUGUUGUUUUUUUUGUCUGCAAAAUGUUUCAUAUUGUCGCCCUAAAUUCGGGGUACACAAACCAGGCUGCCAUACGUGGGAUUAUAAAGUCAUUAAAAGGUAAAAAUGUG